AUGAUUCGGCCACAGCUCCUCACGUUCUUCGCCAUACUAACACCGAAGACAGGCGCGCUUCCCGAGGGUCGCGCCACGACUAGUCAAGCUGCCACGGAUGAGAACGCGACGCAGUCGCCCCUGGUGCCUCCGCGACCGGGCAGGCGCGUGAUCGUUUACAUGGGAAACCGGCCGUGGUUCUCCAGCAUGUACGGAGUAGCCGACGCCAGCCGGACCGAGUACCACGUGCCUUCUACCGAGGCCAAGCCGUCGACGACGGCGGUAGUCAGUAGUAGCGACGCUCCGUCACUUUCGCCCAAGGAAAGUGGUCAGACCGGCGUCGCCUCCGGCCCCGCCAGCGACAAGGCGAACAAGCUGAGCAGCGCCACUCUACUGGCCUCGGAGACCACGAGCAACGAGGCCAGCACCGAGGCCGAGAACGACAGGUCCGACCUCAUCGGCGAGCUGGACGUCAGCAAGCAUCCUCCGCCGCCCCUGCCACCGUUCAACGGCCCCAAGAUCGAGUUCCGCACGACGACCGUGCACCACACGUCGCCGCCCAGAAACGACGACAGCGCCGGCUUCCAGCAGGACCGGAGAAGCAGCGAUUCUGAGGUCUCCGCGGCUGCGCUCGUCGGUGCCAACCGGCGCGCGGCCUUGCAGGAAUCGACGGCCGGCAGGUCGUCUUCCGCGGGGCUGAGCGCAGCCAGACAGGAAGAACUAGCAGACCGCAACCUAAACUCGAGGUACUUCACGUUCGGCCCCGGAAGCGCUACGAGUGGCGGAGGAGGCUCCAGAAGCAACAACGCCUUUGGGACGACCGGUAGGGACGACAGCGAGACGUCGCGCGAUGACGAUCCUGCAUCGUUCAACGGCGGAGGCGACCGCUUCAACCAGCAACGUCCGACGUUCGGCGGAGCCCAGGACAACCGGAGACCCGCUCUGCCAUCGCUUCCACCUCCGCCUCCACCACCGCCGCCGCCGGCGCCAACCGCGUCGCCUCCAACUGCGUCGACUUUCGGGACCACCCGCUUCCAUUUCUCCUUCCCAUCCGAACCCGCCAUCUUCGGCAACAACAGCCUUGCCAAUAGGGGCGACUUCCAGUUCGAGACGUCUCACGGCCAGGACUCCUCGUCUGCGCAGAGAGACGGUGACGGCAGAUCCUCUUUCACCAGCGCCGAGCAGAGAACGACACCUCCGGUGAGGAGUCAGGAGUUGCGCCAGUUCCCGACGUUUUCUACAUCGCGUGCUCCUGCUUCAGUGACCCCACCUCCGCCGCGGCAAACUGCGAGUGCUGAAAGGACUUUCCAGACGUUCGCAAACCAAAGACAAGCGCCCGUUCCCAACGCGCCUUCUUCGGCAGGUCAAACACUGCGCUUCAACUUCAGAGAAUCCAACGGUCAAGCGAGGACGAACCCUCCACCACCACCAUCCAGAUCCCUGCAGACGCCGGUUACAAACUCAUUUGUAACUUACUUCACUAAUUCGGAUUCGAGGGAGUCGCAGAAGUCCGCGCCACUGACGGAUACUCGGGACAGGCAACAGACUGAACCGCGUCUGAACUUCCGCAGCGGAAGCUUCCAAACGACACCGCCACGCCCACCUCCCCAAAGGCCAACAUCGACAUCUAUCUUCCAGGGACCGCCGUCUUCGCAGCCACCGCGCGCAGCCUUGAGAAACAACUUGGAAGACAACGACAGGUCGCGCGAGUUUUCAGCACCGAACUCUAGAGGUCAAGUGACUUUCCGCCCGAAUGUCUUUCCGGUUGACCCACCAUCGAACACAUUCACUUCAAACCAGAGGACGCAAAACGGAUUCAGUUCCAGUGCAAGGUCGCAAGAAGACUUUACCUCGAAUCCGAGGAGCCAGAACUCGUUUUCACCCGCCAACACUGCGCCACGGGGCCCUUCGACUCCGAGGAACCAAAAUUCGUUUUCGCCUGCCAACACUGUGCCACGGGGCCCUUCGACACCGAGAAACCAGAACUCCUUUUCGCCAGCAAACACAUUGCCGCGAGCAAACUUCCAAACUAGCCAGUCUCCCAGAAGCAAUUUUCAAACAUCUAGACCCUUGAGCAACUUUCAGGCAAACCAAAGGUCUCAAAACGAUUUUUCCUCAAACUCCAGGCAGUCGAACAGUUUCGAUGGCAGUGCCAGGGGCCAGAACAGCGCUCAGGGAAACUCAAGAGCUCAGGAUGUCAGAUUUCAGAGCUUCGGUAACAGCCAGAGCAACUUCCAGUCAAACGGCAGACCACCUUUUCCAGGCAAUCAGCCGAGCUCACAGGCACCGGCACAGCGCCCCCAGAGUGGUUUCGCAGUGACCCAGAGGCCCUCUGACUCGUUUCAAGGAAAUCAGAGAGACAGGAACGCCUUCACAACCAGCCCCCAGCAGAGACCCCAGAACAACUUCGCAGGAGCAGACCAGUCGCCACGCGACAGAGUUCAGACAAGCCAGCGCCUCCAGGAGGCUCCCCGUGGAAGGCCGCAGAACAGCUUCCAGAACGUUUCUCCGCCACGACCGCAGGCACCAGCGGCCUCCCCACCAGCUGUGAGGAACCCGACACCGCAGAACAACGGCAACGCUAAUCCGCAAGACAAUUUAGAGCCCUUCCGCAAUGACUUUCAGAUCGCGCUGAGGCAACGAGCAUUCUCAGCAACGACGGCUUCGCCCGUAGACACCAACGACGGUGGAGGAAGGACAACGACUACACAGAACUUCCAGUCGCCAUCACAGCCCGGCAACGGGGCGACGAAGAGAAAGAUCAACAGGGUCGUCUUCAUCCCCGGAAACUUCGGUGUGACUCCCACGCGGAGGCCAGACCCGUACCGGUCCAAGCUUCCAGGACUAGCCGGGUCCGACUAUCCGACGUACAGCGAGGUCCCUUUUACGAACUUCAAGUGCUCCGAGCAAAGCACUUCAGGGAUGUUCGCUGACGUUGAAGCUGGCUGCCAGGUCUUCCACUCGUGCGACAACAACAACCGCCAGAAGAGCUUCCUGUGCCCCAACGGAACCAUCUUCAAGCAGGAGCUCUUCACGUGCGACUGGUGGUACAACGUGGACUGCGACUCGUCUUCCAAAUACUUCCACCUGAACUCCGAAAUGUACACCACUCGGAGGCCCAAGCCACGGGACAGUCAGGAUGACGUGAACGGCCGAUCCGACUCCGGUCGGAGCCGGUCUUUCUAGCUUUAGGCAUUGCCAUUGUCAUUGUGUAUUCACCUCCAUUUGCAAAACUGAGAGCGAGAAAGAACAAAGAGAUGAAAAUGUAGGUCGGGAACACUUGGUGAGCACGGCGAUUUCUUCCCGAAGCUACGAAAUAUAGUCAAGGCGCGCGCAACCAACCACACAUAGUACGGCGCGUGUGUAAAAGAUCAACGCACCUCAUCGCUUCAUGGACAGGAAAUCAUCUUGCAGUUAUCGGAACAGACUCGGAGCAGUCUUUGUGCGGCCCAGUCAUCAA